AUGACGAGAGGGUGGGCGGGGGAGGAAUGUAUAGCUGUAAGCGUGGUCGAUGAAGAAGAAACAGCACAAUCUCGGCUUGGAUUUGCUGCUAUCGAAGUCAAAAAAGUAAAGCGAAAAGUACGGCAUGUGAAAGGAAGCAAGGCUCCUUCAUACAAAACAACUCUCGCCACUUCGGCUUUGACUUUUCGUUACCACCUUCCACCCAGCUCAUCAGAUCCACCAUCGUCUUUAUUCCUGCCGUCUGAAUCAGGAACAGUUUCAUCAAAUCAAUCCUUGAUCAACACUAGGGAGUCAAAUGAAUUUCUAGAAGAGGCCAGACAUCAACAGGUUCACCUUAGCCACCAACCUGCCUCUAUCAUUUCACCUAAUGUGUCUAACAGGUCAGAACAAUCAGUUCCAGUUGAAUCAGAUAGUGUGGAAGCUCAUCGAAGCAAUAUUUCUGUAUAUGGCGGAAAGGAGGACAAAAAGGUUGCCCAUACAACAGCAAUCAUUACACAUUCCCCUCCUCAUGGAUUGGUCCCUUCCAGAUUGCAGAGGCACAUACGUUCUAUGCCACCGAAUGCGGCCCUUGCAUAUGCAAAGAAUGAGAUUGAACAUGCGCCUCAAGUUGUCGAAGAUUCAGAUCUCUACAGUCCUCUGUUCAGGAACAUUUCUGUUUUCAAAAGGAGUUACGAAUUGAUGGAAGCAAUACUUGAAGUUUAUAUUUAUCCUGAUGGAUCGAGACCCAUUUUCCAUAAACCUUUCCUCAAGGGAAUCUAUGCUUCUGAAGGAUGGUUUAUGAAGUUAAUGCGGGAAAACAAGCAGUUUGUUACCAAAGACCCUAGAAAAGCUCAUUUAUUUUAUUUGCCAUAUAGUGCACGUCAACUGGAGAUGGCACUCUAUGUGCCUGGAUCUCAUUCUUUGAAACCGUUGGCCAUCUUUCUGAGGAACUAUGUGAACAAGAUUGCCGCAAAGUAUCCAUUCUGGAAUCUCUCACAUGGAUCAGACCAUUUCCUCGUUGCUUGCCAUGAUUGGGGUCCUUAUACAGUAACUGAGCAUGAUGAACUGGCCAGAAACAGCAUUAAAGCUCUAUGUAAUGCUGAUACGUCGGAAAGAAUCUUCAUUGCGGGAAGAGAUGUUUCGCUCCCAGAAACAACCAUAAGGGCACCCAGAAGACCUCUAAGACAUGUUGGUGGGAAUAAAGUGUCACAACGUCCAAUUCUCGCCUUCUUUGCUGGAAGCAUGCACGGUCGAGUACGUCCCAAGCUUCUUAAGCAUUGGGGUGGUGAAAAGGAUGAAGACAUGAAAAUUUAUCAGCGUUUACCUCAACUAGUUUCCAAAAGGAUGACUUACAUCCAGCACAUGAAAUCAAGUAAAUAUUGUCUAUGUCCAAUGGGCUAUGAAGUGAAUAGCCCGAGGAUUGUCGAGGCCAUAUAUUAUGAGUGUGUUCCUGUGAUCAUUGCAGAUAAUUUCGUCCUCCCUCUCAGUGAGGUAUUGGAUUGGAAUGCAUUCUCGGUGGUGGUGGCUGAGAAGGAUAUACCCAGGUUAAAGGAAAUUUUAUUGUCCAUUCCCAUGUCAAGAUAUCUUGCCAUGCAAACUAAUGUGAAGAUGGUGCAGAAGCAUUUCCUCUGGAACCCAAAACCAAUAAGAUAUGAUCUGUUCCACAUGAUUUUGCAUUCAAUAUGGUUCAACAGGCUAAACAAUAUUCAAAUCCCACGGACGUAGUUAUUCUUUCAGCAUUUAUUGAGCAGAUGACUUCGGUA